GUCCCUCUGCGGUCUCCGUCUGAAAACUUGGAGCGGAGAGGGUCAUAAGUAUGGCGGCCUUUAGGUGUGCUAAAUCCAGCUCGCUAGAGCCAGUAAUCAGACAAGGGAGCGCCAGCGGAGGUCCCAGAUCUGUACCGACCGCGGACCUGCAUCUGACGUCAGCAGGGACCGGAAGUCCAAGUCGUCAGCUAGCAGAGAUGGGGAAGCUGACAACCAUGCCUGCAGGUCUGAUAUAUUCAUCUGUAAGUGUACAUUUGGCUAAAGAAGAGGAAUCCAAAAAUCAGCCAGUGAGACCAGAACAGCUCCCAAUAUAUACUGCACCACCUCUCCAUUCUAAGUAUGUUGAAGAACGGCCUGGUUAUUUACAAAUGAGUUUUGCAUCCAUCCGUACUACAACUGUCCGUUAUAUUGGCUGGUGCAAGGGUGUUUAUGUCUUUCUGAAGAAUGGGAUAAUGGAUACAGUACAAUUUGGGAAAGAUGCAUAUGUCUAUCUGAAGAAUCCUCCUCAAGAUUUUCUUCCCAAAAUGGGAGUGAUUACAGCUUCAGGAUUGGCAGGUUUGGUUUCAGCAAGAAAAGGUUCUAGGUUUAAGAAGAUUGCUUAUCCACUAGGACUGACAACAUUAGGAGCAACUGUUUGCUACCCAGCUCAGUCAGUAAUGAUUGCAAAGAUAACUGGGAAAAAGGCAUACACUACAAGCCAGCAAAUAUAUGAAGCUGUUAAAUCAUUGUGGACAAAAAGCAAUAAAAAAGAACCACUCCCUGAACCUAAAGAAAAAACUAAGGUAGGAAGGUCUGAUGAACCACCUCCCCAAACAGUGCAUGUCCUGAAACAUUCAGUGCCUUUGCCAAAAGAACUCACCUUUGAGACAAAGACCAAAUCCGAACCCACCUCAGGUGCUACACAGUUUAUACCUGGCCCUGAGCUCAUGGAUCACGGGCAGUCUCAUCCAGAAGAUAGAGAUAUGUACAGCACUAGAGGCUGAAAUAGAUUGCAGAGGGAGCCUGCAUAGAGAGCUGCAAGAUGUAUGAAGUUGCAAAAAGUGCUGAAAACUCAUGUAAUGGGUAACUGGCAGAGCAUGACUUGAAGUUUUUCCAUGACAUCUUCAAAUGAACAGUUUGGCCAAUCAUAAAAUUAAUUCAACACAAAUUAUGAAUGCAACACAAACAAUAUUAAGUAAUUGAUCAGGAAACGGAAAUAGAAGUACUAGGCUGCAGUUGAUGACUUCUACCAGAAUUUAUUAGAAAUCAAAAUAGAGUGAAGAUGUGAAUGUGAGAGUAAAAUCUUAAAAUAUGCAUACACAUGUGUAUGUAUACAUAUUUAUGCAUAUGCACAUAUGUAUCUACUCCAGUUUUCCAAUUAUUGUCAGUUAACAUAGAAUGGAGAAUUGAAGGAUGUGUUCUCUCUACUUUUUUAUUUCCCAGAGCUAGAAUAAAAUAUCCAUAUCUUAAUGGCA